AAAUACAUUUUGCUUUACGCUGAUCUAACUUCGAGUUUGAACAAUGUUGAUAAAGUGAUCUGCAUGUUCACCAAAAUAUUAAUUGAUAUCUAUAGCAGAUACACCUCUGCAAAACAAAGUGACCACAGUUAUCAGUUAACGUCAGUUGUCUACUGUUUACCUACAAUUCCAUUGAUGCCAGCGUAACUCGUUUCCACUGAACACGCUAUGCAAGUAGUUAUUGUAUACAUUAUAUAUAUGCUGUAUUUUUAUGUAAUUACUGUUAAGAUACUGUAAUGUACUAUUUUUAGACGAUACUGUUUGAUUUUGAGACGAUCUUGUAAGAUUUUAGGAGUUUUAGGGUAAACAGGUCUAAUAAUAGUAGGGUUAUCUACCACUAGAAAUUCAAAAGCAUGGCGGGUGGAGGGGGGGGGGGGGUCACCUGCCCAUUUUCCUGGACAGAGAUUAACCAAAGAUUCUGUUGUCAUCUUUAAGCCUUUUCAUUUUAUUAUACCAUUUCAUUUAACUAAAAUAACAAAAAAAAUUAAAAUAUGCACACUUAGAAUGCAGUAAAACUAUUAUUAUGGUAAUUAUAGACAUAUUUUAGGCUGGAUUUUAUUUUUUAGAUGUGCACAUAUUACAAAAAAAAAAAAAAAAAAAGCUGGCUAUAAUUUGUUCACACUGUGAUCCCCUUAUCCCCAGUAUCAUACAUCUAUCUAUAUUGGGUCUAUAUUAUAAAUUAUAAUUCUAUAGCUCUUUUUUAUGAAGACAGCAUUUUGAAACUCUUCUAAAGCUUUGAUAACAUUUUCCAAAUUUUGAAAUUUGAAGCUAAAAAUUCUUUCAGGAUUCAUUAUAGAGUGGAGGUGUUGUCACUAGUACAAACUAGUAAUAAAUGAUUGGGGCAAUACUUUGCCAACAUAACCGAAAACUGCAUUUUAAAGUUCCAGUUUUGGUUUGAUUCAAUUGCCUGGACUACCAAUAGCUCUCUAGAAGGUAUUGGUAGUUUACUACAAAUAGCUCCCUAGAAGCUAUUGGUAGAAAACUACCAAUAGAUCUUUCAUUCAUACUUUUUUUGAUUAGCCUACCUGCCUAAAGCACAGGUUAAGGUUUGCACAGGCUCCCAACCUUUUUUUUUGGCUACCCCAUUUUAAUAACUAAUAAGAGAUCCAAGACCCCAUUUUAUUAAAAGCAAACUGAGGUACAACACAAUACAUUUAAAAAAGGCUAUUUUAUUUAUGGUACAAUUUGUACUAAAAACGCAUUGAAUUUAACAUUUUAGUUGCAAAUACAUUUAAGAUAAUAUAUAAUUCAGUUUAAUUAUUUAUAGUGAUAUUUGGAAUUGUAACAUGUAACUCAUUAACAAGCUCAAAUUUAAAAUUUAUGUUAACCAAUUAUUAUUAGAAACUAUCAGUUUGUUUAGUCUCAGGAAAAUUACAGUGCGCUCUUGACUUAAAUUCAACUAAUACCCCUCUCUACCAACUUGGAUUUCCACAAAAUUCAUGAUCUUUUUAUUUUAUAUAUAGUGGGCACCAUUAGCAAUGUAUUGUAAGGGUAGUUUUUUUCUAACUUUAGACCAAAAGGUUGAGAGGGUUGAGAGUUCAAAUUUGUCGGGGGUCAUCCCAAGCAAUGGGGACAUAACUUGGCGGGAUGGACUCAAUAGCCUAGUAAAGCAGCUGAUUAAAAUGAACCACUGUCAGAGGGUGGCAGCCAAUUUGGCUCGGUGUUCAAAAUCUGACGUCUGCUCUAAAAUAAAUAUAUUAUAUUUUUUACCUAUUAAAUUACAGCUUCUGGAAUAAAACAGAAGGUUAAACAAAAAUAAUAAUUAUUCGAUGUGAAAUUCUCUGACUUACAAUAUAACUAUUUAUUUUCUGCUACAAAGAACUGGAAUAAAUUUUAAUUAAAGAAUUAUCUUUAUCCGACAGAUAAUGUUAAGAAAUUCAGUAAAAUUAUGUUAAAUCCAGUGACAUAAUGAAAAAAAAUAUAUUUUUUUUAAAUUUGAUGUGUGAUUUGAUAUAAUUGUAUGGCAGGAGAACACAGUAUGUUUUGUUAACAUGUAGAGCCUUAACUAUUGUUUAGCAUAUUAAAUCACAACUAUCUUGAAAUGUUUUUAAAUUUAACACAAAAAAAAACCAAAUCAAUUAAUUAUUCAUCUAAAACAUCUUAGUCGUGUAAAGCAUAUUUUUUUGUACUGUUCUCUCAAAAUUCCAAUCAAUUUCAUUUUCAUUCUUCACUUAAUACUAGUUAAUAGUUCUGUCAGCCCAAGUUUGCCUUAAUAAUGAACUUAUUAAAAUAUAAAACCUGUAUGUUACCAAUAGAUUUUAGUAAUCAAACAUAAUGUGUAACCAUUUUUUCCCAGAGAAAACACAAAAUAUUAUCAACUUUGUUGUUUACUUUAUUAAAAGAAUGAAUUUGUUAUAGAAGCUUUAAUAAUGUUUUCUUCUUCUCUUCUUCAAGAGUGAUUUCUGAGAUUAAUAUAAUAUUCUUGAAGUCAUGUAAAGAUGUCACUUGACUCUUCAAACCAAGCAGCAGAGUCAAUAGAGAAUGUCAAAUAUGGAGAGCUUGUUGUACUCGGGUAAGUUAUUUUUGGUUCUCUCAACAGAUAAAAAAUUAAUACACAUGUGGGUGGUAACAAACAUUAAAAAAACAACAACUAAAUAUAGAGUAUUCAUUUCUUUUUGUUGGUUGCUGAGCAGUUCACUCUUAAAAGUCCAGGAAAAGCUGUUAGCAGUCCUACUCAAAAGACAUAUCCCGUUCGUGUGCUCACAGUUGCAAGCACUGGCUACUUAGUCACAGAAUUUUACAAAAGUUUUGAAUAAAACACCCUUACUUCCCUUAAAAAAUGUAUGACCAUUCAAAUGUGUAUAUUCACGCAAGGAAAUCAUGGGUUUCAUUUCUAUUGUACUUUUCAUGUUCUUUGUGAAUAGUAAUGAGUAGGAUAUGAGCAUUGAACAUUCUGUCUGAUAAUAUGCUUCAUUGCCAGCUAAUAGAGGGAUGCAUUUUUCAAUCAAACUUACUAGAAACUAUUUUAAUUUCUUCUAAGUCUUGAGUUCUGACCUCAUUGUAACAUUACUUUUAAACAUUCUCACAGUUAAUCAAAAGGGUUAUAUUAAAUCAAACACUGAAGUAAAUGCUUGGCAUCUUAAUGAAUAUUUCAUGAUGCUAUAGAGGGAAGAGAUUGAUUAGAAACUUCUUAUUGCUGUCUAAAAGCUCAUUUGUGUUUUUUGAGAUAAUUUUAUUGAUUUUAAGGAUGAAGUUGACAGCAUUUCAAGUGAUUCCAUAUUGCAAUUAAAACAGUAGGCCAUAGGCAUGGAACUGUAUUAUCAAAUACUUUAUAUUAACUUCGCUUUUGUUCGUGGCUGGCUGGCAAAAUCUUCUGACUGCUAACUGACCCACUUCCCAUCAACCUAUCAAGCUGAAACUUGGCACUUUGUGGUGUAAAAGUGGGUGGCUCAUUAGAAUAUUAAUAUAGUUCAGGAACGUGAAAAAAAUGUGCAGUUGCAAGCCUUGUGGUGGGGGGGGGGGACUAAUUGGAAUUCUUAAAAAGUGUGUUACUUGUAUGCUUAUUUGUUCAAAUUUUUAGCCCCACCCCCUAUUGCUCAAUAUUACAUUUUAUAAAGGAUUUACCGGUAUACAAUUUAUUUUUCAAGUGACCUCACAUGCUUAAGGAAUAUUAAUUAUUCCUUCUCUUACCUUCUUUUUAAAAUUUGUUGGGGAAAGGGAUUUCAUCACUGAUUAAUAACCAUAGGCACACAUUAUCUAGAUGCAGUAGCCUCAUCAACAUACAAAUCCAGUUGUACCCAUAUAACCCAUAGUCACGUAACAAACAGAAUUUUCUUUCUUCUAACUAUACACAAAUAAAAAUGGUAUUACAUAAUAAAAUCAAGCCCUAAGUCCUUGAAAGGGUUAAAAAUAAAUUAUAUUUCUAUAGCUAUUUUACUUGUGACCUACAUUUGGAACUAAAUUAUAAAGUGUAGUUGUAUAAUGUGAUAUAAUUUUCUAAGCUAAUGAAUGUAUACCUUCAUUAGCAUUGAGUACAGAGAGUUUUAAUUAUGGAGAUUGUAAGGCUCUUUUUUUUCCACGCCGAAGUUUACAAACUAAAUCAGUAAUGAAAUGAUUUAAUGUGUGAUUAGAUAUUAUUAUGCUAUCUUUCAGACAAGUUAUUUUGUGUCUAAUUUGUUGACACUUGGCUUUUCUGGAAGCUUCAGAUUGAAUAAGAAAACACAAAUAUAAAAUCCUCAAGCUCAUUGCUAGAUUGAUUGCCCCAAAAAAAUUUUAAUGCUUUAUUUUAUGUUAAAAUAAUAUUACAUUUUUUUUACUUCAGUUAUAAUGGCCAUUUACUGUCUGGUGACAAGGGACGGAGGAGGAGUAAAUACAUUUUGUGGAAGAGAGCAAAGUCAAACGGAGUGAAACCUUCCCAGAAGCACCUUGUCACUAAUCCACAGUCAUCUCAGGUAAACAAACCUUCUGGUGACACUGUUUGAAGACUCCACACUAUGUUUGGACAAUGAAUUUGCAGCUAUUGCAUGGUGGAAAGUGUUUGGUUUUUCUAUGAGAUGUUUUAAUAACAGUUUAUAGCAGUUUUAAAUGUCUAGAGAGGUUAAGGAUAUGCUUUAAUAAAAUAGUUGAUACAUUUUCCAGUUGUAUCUUUUCUGACACAAACGGGUAGUACAUACAUGAUUUUAUAGAACUAUUUCAGUUCUUUUGUGAUGGUAAGUUAACAAGACAAUUUCAGAACAAAAAUAUCAUGUGCUGCCUCUGGAGCAGUGGAACAGCUUUUUUAUACUAGAGCACCUGUUGUUAAUUAGUAUUUUGAAAUGUAUCUUAACCCUCUUGAGAUGAACUGUCUGUGCCAAGAGGAAGAAGCCCUUUACACAAGCCCUGCACUUACUUUGCAAAAUAUUUAUGAAAAGUUAACUGAUUACUUUACAAAUGUAAGACUAUAUAUAUUCUUGUAGGAAAUUAAAUAAACUGAUAUUGUCUUAAUGAAUCAAAUGGAUAUAUCAAAAUUUAGACAAAUGAUAUGUCCUGAUUAGCAUAAUUUAGACCUGCAUUUUUUUUAUUUUUUGUACACUGAGAAUGAGCAUGUCUAACUUGCAGAAUUUUGUUAAAUUUUCUGAUUGUAGAUGCCUAAAUAUGUCCUAGCAAACAUUUGAAAGGUCAAAUUUUAAAAAAUCAUUUUUUUUUAUAGGGUUCAUUAGAUUUUCAAAAAAUUGUGUUAAAAUGACACCACCAUAAACUGUCAAUGGAAGCCACCAUUAAAAUGGCGAGAUGAGCAUGAAAUGCGAGAAGCAAUCUGAUUAGCUAGUACAAAGACUAGCCAGCCAAUCUCAAGGCGUGUAUGAUUGGGCAGACAGAUCUGCCUUACGUCUUUGUUUACUCUGGGCCGAUAGCAUGUGGGUUAAGGAAUUGACCCAUGAACCAAAUAAAUGUUAGAAGUUGAAGGCAAAAUGUUGAAAUAUUAUAGAGGAAAAAAUUGUGAACUUCCAUAUUAUGGAUGGUUGAACUCACAUGUUAUUUCCACAUUUGUUCAUGCAUUUUAUUUUCUGGCCUUCCCAAUUUUCUUUAUUUUUUAAAUAUUGGACUUACAGUGAAAAAAGAUUCAUUUGGAAUAAUAAAAAAAUUGAAAACAUAAUAUGUUUGUUUUUAUUUUCCUCCCCCCACCCCUGUUUCCUUUCAUCCAGUUCAUUUAGCACAGUUUUCUGUUAUCUGAAUAUAUAUUAAUUUUAUAAAUGACGAACUAAUUAGUUGUCCCCCCGGUAUGUGUUGAUAAUGAGUUUUUUAAAUUUUUUCUACCUAGGCUGUCCAGGACCAGUCAAAGCACUCAGUUUCAUACACAUUGUCUCGGAACAAAGCUAUCAUUGUAGAAUACCUCAAGGAUGAUGACACUGAUAUGUUCCAAGUAUGUAUUGCAUGUACUGUCUAAGUGUUGAUAUUUAUCUACAUUAAGAUUUUAGUUAGCAGUGAUGUUUUAUACCUUUAAUAACAAAGCCUUUAUAUGAGUUUUUCUGUUUUCACAGAUUGGUAGGUCCAUGGAAGGGCCGAUAGAUUUUGUUGUUAUGGACACAGUUCCCGGACACUUGAGAACUCAGAGAGACACAGCUCCACAAAGCACAAUUUCUAGAUUUGCUUGUCGUAUCAUCGUGGAAAGAUCCCCUCCAUACACAGCUAGAAUAUAUGCAGCCGGCUUUGACUCUGGGAGAAAUAUAUUUUUGGGGGUAAGAAACUGUAGACUUCAUAUUUUUUUAAAAGAUUUAUCCAUUAGUAUAACUUACAAAGGAAUUAGAAUAGUUGUUUAGCCAUGUACAAGGAUAAGAAUUUAUCAAGGUUAAACAUUUUAAUGAUUUCUUUUCUUGUAUCUUUAAUUUUUAUGACAUAGAAAGUUUGAAAUGUAAACAUUUCAUCCAGUUAUGUAGCAAACUACUAAAAUUGUCAAUGUUGUGACAGGAAAAAGCUGUGAAGUGGUGUUCAGAUGACAAUGUUGAUGGUCUUACAACAAAUGGAGUCUUUCUAAUGCAACCCCAGGGGGGUUUUACCCCAUCAGGAAAACCAGGGCCAUGGAGAGAGGUUUCUGUUGGGGGAAGUCUUUUCUCAUUACGGGAUUCUCGUCCAUCUCCAUUGAAGAGUCAUCAGGUUGGUGAAAUACGAUAAUAUCCUUUUAUUGAUCCAGACGAAAUGAGUUUAUGUUCUGAGUACACCGUACACACCCUGGCCAUAGCAACAAUGGAUAAACAUGAUUAAGAUAACAAAUUUUAAACUAGAAAAAUUUUAACAUAAGUAUUUCUCAAGAGAUAAAGUUAACCAUCAUUAUGCAGUAAAACCUCACUUCCUUGACUCAUUACAUUCCUUAAAUAUUUUUUUUCUUGCUGUUGCACUUUAAAAUGAUGUCAAAAAAAAUAAUAACUUUACACAUUUUUAAUGUAUGUCUAAAGUUCAUGAUGUUAUAUAUAAAUUUAUAGGAAAAUGCAUGAGGCUUCUAUAAAUUAAUGUUUCUCCAACAAAUCAAAAUAUAGAAGAUUUUGUAAAAUGUGCCAAAAGGCGAUACAAUAAAAACAAAUGAAUUCACCACCCCUCCAAAAAGUAUUCAAAAAAAUUACUGGUUAUCAUUAUUUACAUGUUUUUUAAUUAUUUUCACCGAAGUAAAAAUAUACAUAGACAAUUUAAACUGUAUGGUACUCAACAAGACAGUUUAUUCUUUUACUAAAGAGACAGUUUAUUCUUUUAUUAAAGAAGACAGUUUAUUCUUUUAUUGAAACAAAGGUAAGAGUCACAUGUUCUUUUUUUUUUUUUUUUUUUUUGCAUUGCCAUUCUAUAGCAUAUUUUACAAUUAAAAUUUCUCUUUAAAUCUGUACACUCAGAAGUAUUAGGAUGCAUUGUCUGGUAAAGUUAAAAUUUCAUCAUCUCUAAUCCACCUCAUGUCUCCUCGCUUUGAUUUUUUUUCUCAUAAGUUUUGAUGUCUUUCAUUUCAUUAGGAAAACCUUUAAUCAUUAGGAAAGCCUUUCCUAAGGCCUAUUUUCUCAAAUGGUCCAAUAAACACUUAUUCCAAUUACUAGCAUAUAUUUUAUUAAUGUAUAGCCAUUGUAAAAAGUAUUUUAAGAAACACUUGAUAAGCUUGGUUUUAAACAGAGUUGAUAAGGUUCAUUAGACAUCAUAGACCAAACCAUUGUUUGAUAUGAUUGGGCGUGCUUCCCUAACUACACUUCAAAAACAUAAUUGUAACUUGUUACUCUGCAAGGGUCAAAACUUUCAUUCCCCAUUCGAUUGGCUCAUCUCUUAUAUAUAUUACCUGAAAUUGUAUUUACAGUUUAUAACAAAGGACUUCAAACAAAAGCAGUGUACCCAGAAAAACGAUAACAAAGCUAGUGAUAUUAGCAAUAUUCAAUUUAGUUAUACCGGUACUAUUAAAUUUAUUUUUAAAAUAAAUGUCAAAUGGACAAAUAAAAAUUAUAUUAACCUACAGUUACAGCACAGCAAGAGAAAAAGUAUUAUCCUCAAAAAUAGAAACAUUAAUAUGCACACAAGUAAAAUCUUGUAAGGCUCCUAUAAGUAUUAAUAUGUCUCAUAUCCAGGGUUUCUUUCAGCUAUACCCGGGGGGGUGGGGGGAGGCACUACUGACAAGUCUCUCUCUUCCCCCCCCCCCCCGCAAAAAUAUGUCCAACAAUAAAUCAACUGGCACUGCCCCCCCCCCUCCCCCCCGCGAAAAAUCUGAAGUGCCCCUGCGGGGGAAAAUUUAUGAAAUAAUCACUGCUCAUAUCUAGGACAUCUAGCUAAAAAUCACUUCUGGCUGGGAAAGGUUCCCCCUUACUUUUAGGAGGGAGUUGGAACCCUCCAGAAAAGAAAUUGUAGAAAUUGCAUCACCCGAUAGCAUUAUUUAGAACAAAUUAGAACAUAAACAACCUUUGCAGCCCUACACAUUUAAUCAGUGAGGUCAAUAUCAAAAAUAUAAGCCGGGGUGGGGGAUACCAGUGGUGGACGCUUAAGCUCUACAUUGAAAUAAAAUUAGGUAAAUGCACAGGCUAUACUACAACAAAGGCUCUUGCCCAAUGUCUAUGGUACAAAGUUGAUGUCGACCAGUAAUUUUUUACACUGAGGACCUGUACUCCUAGUAACGCUUAUAUUUCCUGUGCUGAAACAUCAUACCAACCAUUGUAGAUGGAAGGCUUAGUAGGUCCCAUGGUAGAGACAUAGUAAAAAAAAUAAUAUUUUUUUGAAAAUGUUUUGAGGAUGAAAAAACUGCCUUAUUUUAUUACUUGUGAAAUUUCUUCUCUCGGAUGUAAGCCUGGCUGUCUGACAGGGAGAAACUUAGGAAACAAAACUGAGGGGAGGAGGAGCAUCAUCUCAAACAUCAUAUGAGUUUACCCUGUGAAUGUAAAAUAACAAAUAAUAUGAUAGACCUAUAUGCUACUUUGGGGAUGAAAUGAAAAUAAAAUAUUCUUCACUUAAAUUUCCAGUUUUAGAACUUCAAAAUAAAUAUUGUGUAAAAACCAUUGUGAAUAUAAAAAAUACUAUCGUUGAAUUUAAUUUUUAUCACCCAGCGCAGAUGUCAAAGUUCACGUUUUUUAGGAUGAAAUGCAUCAUAAUAUUCAGUGCCAAUUUUUACAUUUCUUACCAUCAGUCGCUGAGAAUAAUGACUUCACAAAUUAUCUAUGUAAUAAAGAAUGUUCACAUAUAAAAUGAUGCAAUUUAGGUAAUUUAAUUUAAAAAUGGGUAGUAAAUGUAUCAAUAUGUUUACAAACAAAAAUUAAACCGAUACAUUUUUAAAAAUGAUAAUAAAGCUCAGAAAAACAUGAUGCAACACUUGAAAAACCAACCUUCUGUAUUUACUGCUGCAAUGGGCUGUAAUGGAUGAUUUGCUAUCAAAAGAAAUUGAUAUAUAUUUUCAUAAGUAAUAUUUAUUUUUAAAGAUCUAGUGUCGAACAUCGACAAGUGUCAACACAAAUUUGGCCAAGAUGGCAUCACUUGCUUGGUUUGUCGCAUGUUUCACUAAACAGAUCAAAAUAAUUAACAUAAUUUUUUUUUUAAAUUAUUUUUUUUAUUUUCCUUCUAAUUUUACAAUAAAAUAAAUAUGGAAUAUCUUUUUAAAAAAAUUAUGAGCAACACUAACCCUGUGUAUAUAAAGUUGUGCUAUGUUUGUUACUCAUUGUUAUGGAAAUUAAAAAGUUAAUGACACUAUGGGCUUAAUAUUUUUUUUUUAAAUUAUCAUUCGAUUUCAUGAUAGUUUUGUUUUCCAACUUUUUUUAAUUGCAAAAUCAAUAUUUGCAUUUUCUUUUUGGCAGAUGACAGAAGAAGACAAUAUUUUAAGAGAUGGGACGUUAAUAGAUCUUUGUGGGGCGACUAUUGUCUGGAGGUCCGCACUUGGCCUUAUUGCUUCACCUGUAAGUUUUUGCAUACGGGUAUUUCAAAGUUGUGAGGAGGUCAUCACUUUGAAAUUCAUUAACAUAAUCUUUACAUUAAGAUCUGAUUAUUUUUUAAAAUUCUGCUUUAAAUUUCGUUCCCACUGUAAAAGAAUUAUUUUAAAUUUUAAUGUGAACAUUUGGAAAAGAGAGCCAAGAAAUUAGAAAGAAGGGGAAAGAUAAUUUUCUUUCCAUUUCUUUUUUUUUUCUCUAUGUUGUAAUUUUACAAACUGAAUACAUAUUUCCCAUGUAAUAAAGAGAUAACUAGGGAUUAAAAGUCUGAUAAAAUUAGUUGGAGCUUUUUGUAUCAUUACAGAGUGAAAAUGAGUUCCAGCAAUUGGUGGGAAGGCUAAAUGCUGGUCGGCCUCAAUGUCCCGUUGGACUCAACACAUUAGUUCUUCCAACAAGAGGCUCUUUGAACCUGAAGGAUCGCCAGCCCUAUGUGUACCUUCCCUGUGGACAUGUUCAUGGCAAUCAUGAGUGGGGGCAAGCAGACACUGAUAUUCGUAAAUGUCCUCUUUGUUUGAUGGUAUGUUAACACAGUAUAAUUAUUAGGCUGUUACAAAAUAAAAGUUUUUAAUUAAUUCAAUCUGAAUAUAUAUGUUAAUAUAACUGGGCUCUAAAGUCUCUAAAAUUAGAAAUAAAAAUAUAAAUGUUCUGUUUUAACUAAUCUUUUGUUUGCUUCAGCCAGAAAUGUUAAGAAAGGUGUUAAAUACCCCUUAAAAUGGCAAGAUGGUCUGCAGAAAGCUCUCAUAGGUUAUCAUUUAGGAAAAAAGAAGAGAAUCAAAGAAAACAACAAUAUAUGAUGGAAACGAAUGUUCCACCGCAAAAUUUAUUUUUAUUUUUUAACUUAUUUAGUUCAGAAUAUAGAAAAACUUUUGUUGAUUCCUUUGGGUAUACUAGUUGGGUAUUUAUUUACUUUUUUGGCUUAAGGAUUUAUUUUUUUCAAUACCGGUACAUCUCAUAUCUUACUGUACUCUACAGGAUGGAAAAUUUAUCAAACUUCAAAUGGGCUGUGAACUAAGUUUAUAUGUUGACUCAGAACAACCCACUUAUGCAUUUUCACCUUGUGGGCACAUGGUUUCAGAAUGCACUGCUAAGUUAGUCUGCCUUCAUUUUUUUCCUUCAUAAGUUUUUUUUUUUUUUUUUUUUUUUUUUUUCUUUUUUUAAAAAAAAAAAAAAUUUAUCUUUUUUUUUUUUUUUUUCUUGUGGGCUCAUUUUUUUUUUUUUUUCUUCUAAGUUAGUUUGUUUUUAUUUUUUUCCUUCAUAAGUUUUUUUUUUUUUUUUUUUUUAAUCCUUAAUUUUCUUUUUGAAUGAUAACUUCUUUUCUGAAAUGAAACUCAAUACCGUACCAAAGUUAAAUUAUCUCAUAGUAAACAAAUUUAAACUACAUAUGUAACAAAAUAUUUACAGAAUAAAAAAGAUUAUUAUAUUUAGGAAACCUUUAAUGUAUCUUUGUUUCACCGUUGUUGUCUUAGGUAUUGGUCAAGAAUAGCUGUACCACAUGGCUCACAUGGGUUCCAGACGAUUUGUCCUUUUUGUGCUACACCAUUGUCUGAAUCCACACCAUAUGCAAAGCUCAUUUUCCAGGACAACACAGAUUUACCCGACACAUGAUAUGGACUUGUAAAUUAAAUAAUCAGUCAUUGACAGCUGCUAGUCUUAAAAUGAGUAUUAUUGAAUUCAUUGGUCAAACCUACUCAAAGAGUUCCAAAAAAAACCCUUGGCUUAUUUUUUUUAUAUUUUUUUUUUUUGUUCCAAUAUUUAAUUAAUUGUAUAGCAGGUACUAAAGUUGUCAAAACUAGAUUAAAUUGUGUCAGCCGUCACUGUUUCCGUGUGAUUUAAGAAAUUUACCUCACUUUCUGCACUUUUUUUUAAAGAAACCCCUGGCCAGUUUGGUGGGAUUCCAUUCCAAAACGUGUAUGUUUGUAUAUUACAUUAUAUCUCACUUAUCUCCAAAUACAUGUAUGUUUGUAUAUUAGAUAUUCUCUCAAUAAUCUCUAAAAACAUUUAUGUGUGUAAAUUAGAUUAUCUCACAGCCACCCUCUGUGCAGAGAAGAUAUGCCAAGUAAAUAUAUUUUUAAAGCAUGACACAAUUGAUCUAUUUUUGGUUCACUAUGUUGUCAACUAUCAAGUUUGAACAAAUAUCAUAAAUGUAUUAAUCGUUUCGAAUGGCUCUCUAUGAAAGGCUCUUGACAAAAACAUUAUUUGUUGAUAAGAUAUUAUUAAUUUUUUUAAAUUCAAAGUAAAUGGAAAAUAUUGUAAAACAGUAACUCAAUAAGUGGCACAUGAACUUAACUGCAUGAGCCAGGAGCUGCUCACAGCCCCCAAGUGAUUAGCAUUUAUAAGAUCAAAUUUAUAUAUCGAUUUGCUAUGUGUUUUUGUCUGUUGUCACCAUAAGAAGUCUUAUCUGCUUCUGUCAUCCCUUCAAUAGUUUUGACCUUCCUAUUGUCACUGAAUGGAAUUAAAAUACUUUUGCAGAGUAAAGUGUCCAAAUUUAAAUGCACACUCUUGGGGACAAACACAGUGCUAUCUUUAAUGGGUUAUAUUUUUUAUUUAAGAUUUUUUUAAAUGAGAAAUUGUAUUUAAUUAGCGAGGAGAUUGCUGGAGAGGAUGUGCAAGCAAGACUUCAAAUAGAUAAUAAUAGUAAAAAAAAGAAAAUCAAAACAAGAAUUUUUUAAUUUUUUUACACACUCAAUACUUUACCUAUUUUAUUUUCUACCUCAUCAAUAAAUAUUUAGGUGAGAGUUAUUUAGAUUUCUUAUAGGGAAACAAAAUCAGGGGCUAUUUAUUUUGAUAUGUUUUUUUUAUUAAAAAAAUAAUGUUCUCAUCAAGUAUCUAUUUGAUUAAAUUGAUUAACCCUGUUUAAACCAAAACAGUGUUAUACAAUAUAUAGAAGCAGAUGAAUUUGCGAAAUAAAAAAAUAGCUUUUAGGGAUAUGUGCAAUAAAAAUAAUAGUUAUGCGCACUUUUUUUUUAAUGACACAAUUAAGG